UGAGGGGCAGCCGCACGCGCGGGCAGACCCGGCUAGCUUUGCUUUCAGGCCUCCGGCUACCCCAUCAGUGCCCGGUUGAGGCUGGGUGGUCAGCCAGGGUCAGCCGAGGGGGAGUGGCUGCGGGCCCUAGGUCCGGAGGUGGGAUGUGGAGUCCAAGGGUAGGAGGCGGCCUGGGUCUCCGCAAGGGCAAAGUGGGGGCAGCUCUGCUGGGAACCUAGAGGAGGAGGGGGCUUCGAAGCUGUGGCCAGCUGUGGCCGUGCUUGGGGGAGGGGCUGGCUGACCCCUGGUUAGAUGCUGGCUCGCCCACAGCUGUUGGAACUCUUCUCCCCACCUCGCACACAUUUUGUCUUCCCUCCCCCAACCCCCAGCCCGUCCCCACUCCCCCAAAGUCAGCAGUACCCUCCACUGUUUCCCAUCUCCAUGGCAACGUGCAGGAGCUGGGCCUGGUGUGGGGGGGAGGGACCAGACUAGACAUUCUGGUUUCCGGUGCUGGGGUGGGAGUGGGGGAGAAAAUGAGGAAAGAGGACCCCAUUUGGGACCAUACUUGUAAGGCCACUCACAGAUGAAGAAUUGUGGGGAUCUGGAGAGGACUUCCCACCCCAGUCCCCCAGACCCUCACCCCACUUCUUAGCCUCCCUCCCAGCCCCCCUAGUCUCCCUCACAGUGGGGCCCCAGUACCAGGCAAUUCCAGUCCACCCACCCAGCAGCACUGAGCCUCAAACACAACCCGCAGCUCAUCUGCAGCCACCCCACAGCAACCCAGGCCACCACUCUGCUGUCACCUAGACAGCCUUCCAGGGGCCAGACUACCCAGCCACCGACACACCCUCUCAAGAUGCCCCUCAGUAACUCGCCUAGGCCGCAUUGUGUGGUUUCCCCCAGGACACCCCAUGCAUGGUACUCUGCCCCAUGACACCCUCAUCCCAGUGCCCCUGUCCCCCUGGUUCCCCAGCAGCACUCAGCCACACUUCAGUGAAGUCACCAGCGCCACCAGCUCUACCGGCACCACAUGGCCUCCUGCUCCUGCCAACCCUUAGCUCAAGACACCUCCCUCUCCCCCUUACUACAUGUCAGCCUUCCCCCACCCCACACCAGCUAUCCAGGAGGAAGAUGGGAGGGCCUCAGCCGCCUGUGAUGCUGCCGUGCCCCGUCGCCCCGUGGCCCCACGAUGACCAACAGCCCCGCGACAAGCGAGGACGAGGAACGCCACAGUGCCAGCGAGUGUCCCGAGGGGGGCUCAGAGUCCGACAGCUCCCCAGACGGGCCAGGGAGAGGCCCCCGGGGGACCCGGGGCCGGGGCAGCGGGGCACCUGGUAGCCUGGCCUCAAUCCGAGGCCUCCAGGGCCGCUCCAUGUCUGUCCCGGACGACGCCCACUUCAGCAUGAUGGUCUUUAGGAUUGGCAUCCCGGACCUGCACCAGACGAAAUGCUUGCGCUUUAACCCUGAUGCCACCAUCUGGACAGCCAAGCAGCAGGUACUUUGUGCCCUGAGCGAGAGCCUGCAGGACGUGCUCAACUACGGCCUAUUCCAGCCGGCCACCUCGGGCCGGGAUGCCAAUUUCCUGGAGGAGGAGCGGCUGCUGCGGGAGUACCCCCAGUCCUUCGAGAAGGGGGUGCCCUACCUGGAGUUCCGAUACAAGACCCGAGUUUACAAACAGACCAACCUGGAUGAGAAGCAGCUGGCCAAGUUGCACACCAAGACGGGGUUGAAGAAGUUCCUGGAGUACGUGCAGCUCGGGACGUCCGACAAGGUGGCACGGCUGCUGGACAAGGGGCUGGACCCCAAUUACCAUGACUCGGAUUCAGGAGAGACCCCCUUGACGCUGGCUGCCCAGACAGAAGGCUCUGUAGAGGUGAUUCGAACCCUGUGCCUGGGCGGGGCCCACAUCGACUUCCGGGCCCGGGAUGGCAUGACAGCGCUGCACAAGGCCGCGUGUGCCCGUCACUGCCUCGCUCUCACGGCGCUCCUGGACCUUGGGGGCUCCCCCAACUACAAGGAUCGCCGGGGGCUGACUCCUCUGUUCCAUACGGCCAUGGUGGGGGGCGACCCCCGCUGCUGUGAGCUGCUCCUAUACAACAGGGCCCAGCUGGGCAUAGCUGAUGAGAACGGCUGGCAGGAGAUCCACCAGGCCUGUCAGCGGGGUCACUCUCAGCAUCUGGAACACCUACUCUUCUACGGGGCUGAGCCUGGAGCACAGAACGCCUCGGGGAAUACGGCCCUGCACAUCUGUGCCCUCUACAAUAAGGAGACCUGUGCUCGGAUCCUCCUCUAUCGAGGUGCCAACAAGGAUGUAAAGAAUAACAACGGACAGACCCCCUUUCAGGUGGCAGUGAUUGCUGGGAAUUUUGAACUAGGGGAGCUGAUCCGAAACCACCGAGAACAGGACGUGGUGCCCUUCCAGGAGUCCCCCAAGUACGCAGCCCGGCGACGGGGAACCCCAGGCGCAGGGCUGACGGUGCCCCCCGCGCUGCUCCGGGCCAACAGUGAUACCAGCAUGGCCCUGCCAGACUGGAUGGUGUUUGCCGCCCCGGGGACCUCAUCUGCCGGGGCUCCUGGCCCUACCUCAGGGCCUCAGGGCCAGUCGCAGCCCUCGGCCCCCAGCACCAAGCUCAGCAGCGGGACCCUCCGAAGUGCCAGCAGCCCCCGGGGCGCCCGGGCCCGCUCCCCAUCCCGUGGGAGGCACCCCGAGGAGGCCAAGAGGCAGCCCCGUGGACGGCCCAGCUCCAGCGGAACACCCCGGGAAGGGCCAGCUGGGGGCACAGGGGGCUCAGGGGGGCCCGGGGGCUCCCUGGGCAGCCGCGGGAGACGCCGGAAGCUCUACUCAGCAGUCCCUGGACGCUCCUUCAUGGCUGUGAAGUCCUACCAGGCCCAAGCCGAGGGGGAGAUCUCCCUGAGCAAGGGCGAGAAGAUCAAAGUGCUUAGCAUCGGGGAAGGAGGCUUCUGGGAAGGCCAGGUCAAAGGUCGCAUUGGCUGGUUCCCCUCUGACUGCCUGGAAGAGGUGGCAAACCGCUCCCAGGAGGGAAAGCAAGAAAGCCGAAGUGACAAGGCAAAGAGACUCUUCCGGCAUUAUACCGUGGGCUCCUAUGACAGCUUUGAUGCCCCAAGCUUAAUGGAUGGGAUUGGCCCAGGGAGCGAUUACAUCAUUAAGGAGAAGACAGUUCUGCUGCAGAAGAAGGACAGUGAGGGGUUUGGGUUCGUGCUCCGGGGGGCCAAGGCGCAGACCCCCAUCGAGGAGUUCACCCCCACCCCAGCCUUCCCGGCGCUGCAGUAUCUGGAGUCAGUGGACGAGGGUGGUGUGGCAUGGCGAGCUGGACUGCGAAUGGGAGACUUCCUCAUCGAGGUGAAUGGGCAGAAUGUGGUGAAGGUUGGCCACCGACAGGUGGUGAACAUGAUCCGCCAAGGGGGCAACACCCUGAUGGUCAAGGUGGUGAUGGUCACAAGGCACCCGGACAUGGAUGAGGCUGUACAUAAGAAAGCACCCCAGCAGGCUAAGAGGCUCCCACCCCCAACCAUCUCCCUGCGUUCCAAGUCUAUGACCUCAGAGCUGGAGGAGAUGGUCUCCCCCUGGAAGAAGAAGAGUGGUGAGUACGAGCAGCAGCCUGCGCCGGUGCCCAGCAUGGAGAAAAAGCGGACCGUGUAUCAGAUGGCUCUCAACAAACUGGAUGAAAUUUUGGCGGCAGCUCAGCAGACCAUCAGUGCAAGCGAGAGUCCUGGGCCUGGUGGCCUCGCGUCCCUGGGCAAACACCGACCCAAAGGCUUCUUUGCCACUGAGUCAAGCUUUGACCCCCACCACCGCUCCCAGCCAAGUUACGAACGUCCCUCCUACCUGCCUCCAGGACCUGGGCUCAUGCUCCGGCAAAAGUCUAUUGGGGCUGCAGAAGAUGACAGACCCUACCUAGCACCCCCGGCCAUGAAGUUCAGCCGCAGCCUGUCUGUGCCUGGUUCGGAGGAGAUCCCCCCGCCGCCCACCACGUCCCCACCAGAGCCCCCCUACAGCACACCUCCGGCCCCUUCCUCCUCCGGUCGCCUCACGCCGUCUCCCCGGGGUGGGCCCUUCAACCCCGGUGGCCCCCUCCCCGCCUCUUCCCCGGCAUCCUUUGAUGGGCCCUCCCCUCCUGACACCCGUGUAGGAAGCCGUGAGAAGAGCUUGUACCACAGCGGGCCCCUGCCCCCCGCCCACCAUCACCCGCCCCACCACCACCACCAUCACGCUCCGCCCCCCCAGCCACACCACCACCACGCCCACCCCCCUCAUCCCCCGGAGAUGGAGACGGGCGGUUCUCCCGACGAUCCCCCACCCCGAUUGGCUCUGGGGCCCCAGCCCAGCUUGCGAGGCUGGCGGGGCGGCGGGCCCAGCCCGACCGCGGGGCUGCCCCCUGUGCCGCCCCCUGCUGUUGCCGCCGCCCCGCCCACCCUGGACUCCACCGCAUCCAGCCUGACUUCCUAUGACAGCGAGGUGGCAACGCUGACCCAGGGGGCCCCUGCGGCUCCCGGCGACCCCCCUCCGCCUGGCCCACCAGCCCCCAGCCGCCCCCGGUCCCCCCUGCCCCCACAGCCUGGCCCAGACCCUCCGCCUGGCACGGAUUCUGGUAUUGAGGAGGUGGACAGUCGAAGUAGCAGUGACCACCCUCUGGAGACCAUCAGCAGCGCAUCCACGCUGAGCAGCCUGUCUGCCGAAGGCGGUGGCAGUGCAGGGGGUGGCGGUGGUGUUGGUGGUGGGGCCGGUGUAGCCAGUGGGCCAGAGCUUCUGGACACGUAUGUGGCCUACCUGGAUGGUCAGGCCUUCGGAGGGAGUGGUACCCCUGGGCCACCAUACCCACCGCAGCUCAUGACUCCCUCUAAGCUCCGGGGCCGGGCACUAGGGGCCAGUGGAGGCCUGCGGCCUGGCCCCAGUGGGGGACUCCGAGACCCUGUCACUUCCACCAGCCCCACUGUCUCAGUGACGGGGGCUGGAACCGAUGGGCUGCUGGCCCUGAGUGGUUGCUCAGGACCCUCAACAGUAGGUGUGUCCGGGGGUCCAGUGGCUGGAGAGCCAGAAGGCCCACCGGUGCCCCUACCGUCAGCCUCCUCCCUGCCUCGGAAGCUGCUGCCCUGGGAGGAGGGCCCGGGCCCACCGCCACCACCCUUGCCCGGGCCCCUAGCCCAGCCUCAGGCCUCAGCCUUGGCCACAGUCAAAGCCAGCAUCAUCAGUGAACUCAGCUCCAAGCUUCAGCAGUUUGGGGGCUCCUCGGCAGCUGGUGGCGCUCUGCCCUGGGCCCGGGGAGGCAGCGGGGGAAGCGGGGACAGCCACCACGGGGGAGCCAGCUACGUCCCCGAGAGGACUUCCUCCCUGCAGCGGCAGAGACUCUCCGAAGACUCCCAGUCCUCGCUCCUCUCCAAACCCGUCAGCAGCCUGUUUCAGAACUGGCCCAAACCACCUCUGCCGCCACUCCCCACAGGAACCGGGGUGCCCCCUUCAGCUGCUGCAGCCCCAGGGGCCACCUCGCCAUCGGCCUCCUCCUCCUCCACGUCCACCCGCCACCUCCAGGGCGUGGAGUUCGAGAUGCGGCCGCCUUUGCUCCGCCGGGCCCCCAGCCCCUCACUGCUGCCUGCCUCGGAGCACAAGGUCAGCCCUGCGCCCCGGCCCUCAUCCCUGCCCAUCCUGCCUUCCGGACCCCUCUAUCCGGGCCUCUUCGACAUCCGUGGCUCCCCCACAGGAGGGGCAGGAGGCUCGGCUGACCCCUUCGCCCCUGUCUUUGUGCCACCACACCCCGGGAUGUCCGGGGGUCUUGGGGGAGCCUUGUCAGGGGCCUCCCGCUCCCUCUCACCAACCCGCCUGCUUUCCUUGCCCCCGGACAAGCCGUUCGGCGCUAAACCUCUGGGGUUCUGGACCAAGUUCGACGUGGCUGAUUGGCUUGAAUGGCUGGGCUUGUCUGAGCACCGAGCCCGGUUCCUGGACCAUGAAAUUGAUGGCUCUCACCUGCCCGCCUUGACCAAGGAGGACUACGUCGAUCUGGGUGUGACCCGAGUGGGUCACCGCAUGAACAUCGACCGGGCUCUCAAAUUUUUCCUGGAGAGGUGAUGGCUGGCCUGGACGGACCAGCCCGUCCACGGAACCCUUGAGCCUGCUGGCUUCUUGACCUCUGACCCCUGACUAUCAUUCUCUCCCCAGGCCAGGGACUCUGCUAAAACUGCACCCUGACCCUUGUCUCCCAAGCCUGGAGGUCACCAGGUGGCCUGAUCCCGGCCAGACAUUUGCACCUCACAGGAGGGGGCAGCUGACACAAGACUGUGUGUGGGAAGUGGGGAGCGGGGGGGGGGAUGGAAGAAAUCGAAGAAGGGGAUGGACAAGGGGGGAAGGGUUGAUUCUGGGGAGGGGGUAACAGACAGAGCCAUAGAGGGUCAGCCCUUAGCCUGACUGGAUGGGGGUCGUCCCCCAAGCCGCAGGGGAAGGGAGUGCCCUCAGAUUCCACCACCUGCCGCCCCUCUGACAACCUUUCCCCCCUCUCCAGGUCCCUCGGCUCCCCUCCUCUCCCCUUCUCCCCAGCACACACAGCAGCCCCCCAGCCUCCUGCACGCUCCUUUGCACGCCUCCUCACCUCUCUCCCCUCCCUGGGCUACAGUUUUGCACAAAUUCGCCCUCUCGCUGUCUUGCACACUCUGGCUUGCGAGGCCUUCUCUGCUGUCAAACUCACGCUCCGUUUCUCUCGCGCACAGCUGCAUUACUUUUCCCACGCCCCACCCCCCUCAUUCCUGCUCUUUCCGAAGCUUCCUGGCCGACCCUCCCCUUGGCGCCCUCCCUUCCACUUCUGACUCCAGAAAAUCUCUGGACCCUUGCUGCAGACACACUUGGGACACCCUUUCCCUCACCCAUUCAGAGACUCUGCGUACACAGAUUUAGUCUCUGGAACAUCCUCCCCUUGGCUCAACCCUCGCACACUCGCUGCCCUCUGCGCCUCUCCCGAAGCUCUUGCCUCUGUUCUCCUGAAGUCCUUUCCCUGCCUAUUCCUGAACCCCCACAGCCUUACUCUACCCACCCCUCCGUCUCACGGUGACACGCUGACCCCCUCCCCCUCUCCCUUCUUGCCCACGUGCCUCCUGGGAACCGUUUCUGUCUCCAGUGCUCACACCUCUCCCCUUUGCCAGGCUGCCACUUCCCUUGUACCCCUGUGGCCCCAAUCCUUGUCCAUCUCCAUCGUCAGCUCUUCCGUGAAUCUUAUCGCACCGCUCACUCUUGCACCCGCCUCCUCCUCCAGCACUUCCGCAGAUCUCUCAGAGCCUUUUUCUCUUCCUUAACAACGUUCUUGCGCACUGUGUCUCGGCUUUCACACUCAUUCUUGAAAUGCUACUUCUUCUGGUCGGUUCUUGGGUGACUCUUCCUGCCUCUCUUGGGGAACUCGACCGCCUUUUUCCUUUGCACACUCGUCUCAUUGCAUACUCUUGGGUUGUAUCAUUUCUUUUCCUGGCCCUUUUUUUUGUUCCUGUGAAGGACCAGCUCUUGCGGUCCUUCGCACUCAGCCUAUUCUCUGAGCUUUUUACACUCUUUCUCUUUCUGGCGAGAGAAGACCCUAUGCACACAGCUCUUGCUUCCAUAGUUCCUCCUCCCCCUGUGCCAGUCUUUGCCCUCUCUCACCUUCUCCGUCCUCUUCCUCUUCCCAGGCCUUCCUGGGUCAUCUGUCCAUCCAUUUUGCACGAAGACAUGCCCCCCCCACCCCUUCUCCUAACCUUCCGGUCUCUCUCCAAGAAACUCCUCCCACCAGCAUGGCUGUUCCCUCCUGCACGCUGCCCCCUCCCUUUAUUCCUGGGGCUUGGGAAUUUUAAGCCACCCCUUCUCCUGGAAAGCCCCCUCCCCUACUGUGGGCAAAGAGGGGAGGGCAUCGCCCUCAGGUCCCCCCAUGUUCAGCUGCCAAAGAAGGGAGCUCCCCCUCCUUCCCCUAAGCCCAUUCCCCCUCUGCUGCCCCCUACCCCCCCGGGGGGGUGGGGUGCUCCGUCCAUGGGGGAGGGUGCUUGCAGCCCUCUCCCCUCACCAUGUCAGGGAUCUGCGGGGAACCUUGUGGGAGGGUCGUGGGAGGGGGGAGGGGUGGCAAGGAGUGGGGCGGAGGUCGCGCUGGGCCCCUACCCGCCCCCUCCCCCUUGUCGGAUGCCCCCCGUCCGCAGGGGGCCUGCGCGGCGCCCGUCUAUCAAGGGCUUGUUCAUUCUGGAUGGGUGCCGCGGGGUUGGGAAGGGUGUAGGGGGUGGGGAGGGGGGAGGUAAGGUUGGGGUGGGGAGGGGGAAGGGACUGGAUGGGGGGCAGCGCGGGGCGGAGAGGAGAGACAAAGCAAAAAGAGGAACAAAACAAAAGAAAAUAUU